AGAACAUAGGCUAUCGUUUAUUAUAGGUUUAUUACCAUAUAAAUUAAGAUAUCUGAGCUAUAGCUCCCACAAAGAAAUAUAUACCUGUAGUUAGUUUUCUUAUCAGAAGUGGUUUCUAUACAAGGCCAACGAUUGUCAUUCAAUGCAAAACGCGUUUAUUGCUUACGAUACAAUGACUUUUUUGUAUACUGUGUCAUAUUGUACAAGUAAACAUGUUUUUAUAACUUUGUACAGGAAAUUUGAAAUGUAAAAAUAAACAUGGUUAAACAUGAAUUCUAACGUUAAUUUGACUGAAGGAAUAUACUGGUAUAUAGCGUUCACUCUAUUGAGGAAUCAAUAAAAAACACAGUUGUGCCGAAGUUAAUAUCUCAAAGGUAAAAUUCACAACAAUAAAUAUAUAUUAUGAUUGGGGCAAAGUGCAGGCAAACACAUACCUAUGAAGCAAAGUGAAAAUGACUUCCAACAAAAUAGAUAACGCUAACGACACUUCUGCUAAUAAGGAUAAUACAGCAGUGGGUGAAAGUAUAGGAGAAAUAGCUGAGUGUGAUGAGAGGAUUAUUGCAUGUGGAUAUGGAAGCUGUACACCCGAAGCAUUGCAGAAGUGCAAUAACGCAAAGGUUUUCUUGGCGGUCAUAUGCUUAUUCUGCACAGUUCAAGGUUUUGUUGUGAAUGGUAUCAACAAUGUAAACACAUCUACCCUUGAGCGAAGGUACCAACUCCCGAGUUCCAGGGUCGGCUUAAUCUCCAGCGCCUAUGACAUCUCUGCCGGUAUAUUGGUGAUACCUAUCACCUACUGGGGAGCACAUGCCCACAAACCAAGACUUCUUGCAUUCGCUUCAUUGUGUUUAGCGCUUGGGUCAUUCGUAAUGUGUAUCCCACAGAUAGCUUCUGGACAGUAUCAGCUGGGGAAUGCUGUGUCAGAUGUAUGUUUGGCUGGGAGUAAGUAAUGCUACUGACAAUGGCUGUGGUGAUAUAGAAGAAAGCUUGGCCUUACAGAACUACCUGUAUGUGUUCAUGCUGGGUCAGUUCCUACAUGGAAUAGGAGGAACCACAUUGUACAGCAUAGGAAUUGUAUUUAUUGAUGAGAAUGUUAAGACAAAAGUCUCGGCAUUGUAUAUCGGCAUCAUGUAUGCGUUCUCUGCAGUGGGACCAGCAUUGGGAUAUGUAGCAGGAGGACAGUUCUUAAAUAUCUACGUAGACGCGGCAGUCACAAAUUCAGCAGAUAUUAGUAUCACAGAUGAGGAUCCUAGAUGGGUAGGAGCGUGGUGGUUAGGAUUUGCUAUAGGAUGUUGUGGUUUUGUAGUAGUUGCAGCUAUGCUCUUUUGCUACGGAUACGAGUUACCUGAUGCAAAAGAAGCCAAGACCGAGAGAUAUUCACAGGCACAUCAGGACGGCAGCGAAGAUGUAGCCAAUCGAGAUGGCUUCGGAAAAUCAAUAAAAGACCUUCCAUUGUCAACCAAACUGAUUUUGCUAAAUCCGACCUUCAUGUUCAUUAAUUUGGCUGGUUGCACAGAGGGGUUGAUCAUCAGUGGAUUCGCAACAUUUAUGCCAAAAUUCAUACAGAAUCAGUUUUGGCAAACUGCCGGCAUGUCUGCCUUUUAUGGAGGGUUAGUAGCUGUGAUUGGCGCAGCGGGAGGGCAGGCUCUGGGGGGCUUUAUCGCCAAACGUUUCAACCUGAAGGUGAAGGGAAUGCUGAAACUCAGUAUGGGAUGCUGCAUUGCAUGCGUUGCCUUUGUGCUGAUCUUCCUAGCCCGCUGCGAUAGCGAGAAGAUAGGGGGGAUUACAGUGUCCUACAUUAACAAAACUGAGAUUGAAGAAUCAGCACUAAUUGCGGAUUGCAACCGUGGAUGCAACUGCACAAGUGAAAGCUAUGAGCCAAUAUGUGGAAUAGAUGGCAUUGCCUACUUCACCCCAUGCCAUGCAGGCUGUCUUCGAUCAUUUAGAGACGGAAGCACAAAAAGAUAUGCAAAUUGUUCCUGUAUUGACACACCAGCUGAGUCUCCAUAUUCAGCGACAAGCGGAAAGUGUGAACCGACGUGUAACCUCCUCGCUGUCUUUCUACCAAUAUUCUUUAUCGUUGUGACCUUGACCUUCAUGGUGAGCCCUAUUGGUAUGUCAGCCUCUCUAAGGGUCAUACCAGAUGCACAAAGAUCAUAUUCAGUAGGAAUAAAAUGGGUCAUUAUGCGUUUUCUAGGUACUGUACCAGGGCCAAUCUUGUUUGGUGCCAUAUUUGACAUUGCCUGUAGACAGUGGCAGGAGAAGUGUGAUGAACGGGGCUCUUGCUGGAUUUACGACAACAAUAGUCUCAGUCUCAAUUUGCUAUUAUUAGGACUAGUUAUUAAAAUUAUAUCAGCAAUAUUUUUCUUUGUUGCAUAUCUUUUAUACAAACCACCCCCAGUUGAUGCACCUAUAAGCUUACUGGAUAAACGUGGGAAAACUAUUUCGGAAAAUGUAAACAACAUCAAUACAACUGAUACCCAAAUAGAUGCAGCUCAAGGAAAUAAGUCAAACGGGGAUAUUACGGAUGCAAUAAAAGUGAAAACAGAUCAGGGAGAAGUGAACCCUGUAUUUGUAACAACACUUUAAAUGGAUGCAAUAAAAAUUACAAUAUAUAUCCGAGAAGCAAACGCUGCUUUUGAAACAAUGAAUGGAAAUGACAAUAUGCACAAAGGAAGGGAGAAGCAAACGCUGUAUUUGUAACAACACUUUAACGUUUUGUACAUGCAUUUCAUCGAUGUUUUGUUUCAGACAUCGAUGCAUCGGCAGAAUCACUUUGGGCGAUGAAUAUCGCG